AUGAAACUUAGGCUAAACGUGCUCACCAUUAUUUUGCUGCCUGUCCACUUGUUAAUAACAAUAUACAGUGCCCUUAUAUUUAUUCCAUGGUAUUUUCUUACCAAUGCGAAGAAGAAAAACGCUAUGGCAAAGAGAAUAAAAGCUAAGCCCACUUCAGACAAACCUGGAAGUCCAUAUCGCUCUGUCACGCACUUCGACUCGCUAGCUGUCAUAGACAUCCCUGGAGCAGACACUCUGGAUAAGUUAUUUGAUCAUGCUGUGUCCAAGUUUGGGAAGAAGGACAGCCUUGGGACCAGAGAGAUCCUAAGUGAAGAAAAUGAAAUGCAGCCAAAUGGAAAGGUUUUUAAGAAGUUAAUUCUUGGGACUUAUAAGUGGAUGAGCUAUCUCGAAGUGAACCGCAGAGUGAAUAAUUUUGGUAGUGGACUCACUGCAUUGGGACUAAAACCAAAGAACACUAUUGCCAUUUUCUGUGAGACCAGGGCCGAAUGGAUGAUUGCGGCACAGACCUGCUUUAAGUACAACUUCCCUCUCGUGACUUUAUAUGCCACGCUUGGCAAAGAAGCUGUAGUUCAUGGCUUAAAUGAAUCCGAGGCCACCUACCUGAUCACUAGCGUUGAACUUCUGGAAAGUAAACUUAAGACUGCACUGUUAGAUAUCAACUGUGUCAAACAUAUAAUUUAUGUGGACAAUAAGACUAUCAAUAAAGCAGAAUACCCUGAAGGAUUUGAGAUUCACAGCAUGCAAUCAGUAGAAGAGUUGGGAUCCAAGCCAGAAAACGGUAACGUGCCUCCAAACAGACCAACUCCUUCGGACAUGGCUAUUGUCAUGUAUACCAGUGGUUCUACCGGCCGGCCCAAGGGAGUGAUGAUGCACCAUAGCAAUUUGAUAGCUGGAAUGACAGGCCAAUGUGAGAGGAUUCCUGGGCUGGGACCAAAGGACACUUACAUUGGCUACUUGCCUUUGGCUCAUGUGCUAGAACUGACAGCAGAGAUAUCCUGCUUUACCUACGGCUGUAGGAUUGGCUAUUCUUCUCCACUUACACUCUCUGACCAGUCCAGCAAAAUUAAAAAGGGAAGCAAAGGAGACUGUACUGUGCUGAAGCCGACACUCAUGGCGGCCGUUCCGGAAAUCAUGGACAGAAUUUAUAAGAAUGUUAUGAGCAAAGUCCAAGAGAUGAAUUAUAUUCAGAAAACACUGUUCAAGAUAGGGUAUGAUUACAAGUUGGAACAGAUCAAAAAGGGAUACGAUGCACCACUUUGCAAUAUGUUACUGUUUAAAAAGGUGAAGGCUUUGCUGGGAGGGAAUGUCCGCAUGAUGCUGUCUGGUGGAGCCCCGCUGUCUCCUCAGACACACCGAUUCAUGAAUGUCUGCUUCUGCUGCCCUGUGGGUCAGGGUUACGGACUGACAGAAUCAUGUGGUGCCGGCACAGUUACUGAAGUUACUGACUAUACUACGGGCAGAGUUGGAGCCCCUCUUAUUUGCUGUGAAAUUAAGCUAAAAGACUGGCAGGAAGGCGGCUACACAAUUCAUGACAAGCCAAACCCCAGAGGGGAAAUUGUAAUUGGUGGACAGAAUAUCUCCAUGGGGUAUUUUAAAAAUGAAGAGAAAACGGCAGAGGAUUAUUCUGUGGAUGAAAAUGGCCAAAGGUGGUUUUGCACUGGAGAUAUUGGAGAAUUUCACCCUGAUGGAUGUUUACAGAUUAUAGAUCGGAAGAAAGAUCUGGUGAAGUUACAAGCAGGAGAAUAUGUAUCCCUUGGGAAAGUUGAAGCUGCAUUGAAGAACUGUCCACUAAUAGACAACAUCUGUGCUUUUGCCAAAAGUGAUCAGUCGUAUGUGAUUAGUUUUGUGGUUCCUAAUCAGAAAAGGUUGACACUUUUGGCACAACAGAAAGGAGUGGAAGGAACUUGGGUCGAUAUCUGCAAUAACCCUGCCAUGGAAGCUGAAAUACUGAAAGAAAUUAGAGAAGCUGCCAAUGCCAUGAAUCUGGAGCGAUUUGAAAUUCCUAUCAAGGUCCGCUUGAGUCCAGAGCCAUGGACCCCUGAAACUGGUUUGGUCACUGAUGCUUUCAAACUGAAGAGAAAGGAACUGAAGAACCAUUACCUCAAAGACAUUGAGCGAAUGUAUGGGGGCAAAUAAAAUGCUGCUCUGUCAUUUACAGGUGUGCGGGAGGUUGUCUGGUGGUUUUUCAGUUCUAGAGUUUUAAGCCUUAUUGAGCUGUCUGUUAGAAUGUAAGGGGCG